CUAAUUUAGUGAGGACUCUAGCUCCAUCUUGCUCAGUGAACGGCCAUGGCAAAGAGACAUUUGUAUCGGAGCAGACAUCCAUUUGAGAUACACCCUUUCGAGGCAUUCUCUCAUGGCUCAUGGAGGACAAUAGAGCAUGUCAGAAUUGGGGAUGGGAGGGUAGCCAUGCGUUUUGUAGAUCCUGAAGAUCCUGGAUUUGAGAUGGAUGAGGAAGUCUCUAAUGACACUCUACGCAUACGAUCUCGAAAAGCAACCUUAUCUGAUUGCGCCUGUUUCUUGAGGCCUGGGAUAGACGUAUGUGUACAUUUGGCGGAUCCAACCAAAGACUCAGCAGAUAAAAGGAUGCUAAAGAUGGUCUGGAUUGAUGCUAAAAUAAAUUCAAUUGAGAGGAGGCCACAUGAAUCACAAUGCACCUGCCGGUUUGAUUUAACCUGCCAUACAACACAUCUUCCUCUAGGCAAGGGGAAGGGAAAACUUGGUAGGAUCAGAGAUGUGAGAAUUGAUCAGAUUGCAAUCAUUCAACAACUGCAGAGAAAACCUUGUGAAGAUGGGUAUUACCGAUGGAGCUAUUCUCAGGACUGCCGUUUUGUACAUGAAGCUAAACUGUUCCGGGGUCAUUUCUCUUCAGAUAUUUCAUGGCUACUAGUUACAUCCAUUUUGAAGGAACUAAAAUUUGAUUUAAGAUCAGUAGAGAGAAAGAUUGUAUAUCAAAUUUUGCAUGGUGAUGAUCAUGAUGUGUGUUCUUCAGAUACUACCAACAAUGUAGCCAUAAAUUUCCAAAUGGACAACGAAAUUCUUAGACCAAUUACCAGGACUUUUAUUCCUGUGGGUACAUUUGUUUCAGGUAGCGCCAUUGAUGCUUGCCCUGUUCAUGAUCUGCAGGAAGAUGACUCAAUGCAGUUGUAUGAUCCCAUCGAGUUGCGGCGUUCCAAACGUAGAAAUGUUCAACCUGAGCGUUUCGUGAGUUACAGAGGGUUUUUAAAAGCAAAACCUUCUAUUGUUGGGACAGAGACAGGCAAGAUAACAUUGUCACUAAUAUUGCAUCCGGAAUAUAAUGGCCAUUUGAUGCAUAGUGAGUCUUUCAGACAGUCCAUUGAUGGUGAAAAGAUGGUUGUAGAUUGCACUGGUGAAAAUAUGAUGGAAGAUAAUGCGGGUGAAAAAAUUGUUGCAGAUAGUAAGGGUGAAAAGAUGGUUGAAGAUAUUAAGGUUGGCUACGGGAAGAAGUCCCCAGUGAACCAAAGCAGCGUCAAAUCAAUAGACUUUAUGUCAGGUGGAACUACUAGAAUGGAAAAUCAAAUAUCACUUCUUGAGAAUCAUGAGAUAGGUAAAGUUACUGCUGCUCCUUAUGGUAGACCAGAAGUAGACAAAGGCUUGUUUACAGGAGUUUCACACUUUUCAUUCCCAGAUUAUGUAUCACGGAAAAAAAAGAGAAAAUUGAAGUCUCCCAUCAGCAACUGUACUGUUUCCUCCCCCAGAGCUACCUCCAAUAUUCCUCUUACUGCUGAAGGUGUUUCUAUGUUGCAUCCACAGUAUUAUCCCCCAAUCCAAAUUCUUGAAAACCCCAUACCAAAGGUUGCUCGGGUUAUUUCUGAACAUGGUCAUAGGCAGGGAUCAUCAUCUGCAAUGGGAGAAAGAGCUAUAUCAGGUAAAAGAUUCAGGGAAAUGAAAGAAAAAAGAUACAGAAAAAUGAAAAUAAUAUGGAAGGUGAAAGGUUCGAAUAAGAAGCCUCUAGGAAGAGUAAGUAAUCUGUUCUGCUCAAAAAUACAUAGGUCUGGUGAAACAAGAACUAGGAGAAAGGCCUUCUUAAGUACAAAUGAGUCCAAGAAAAUGAUAGAAAGUUUCAUGAAGAACAUAGAGUCUGAUAUCAAGAGAGAAGAUCCACAUGCUGAUGCUCAGUGGGAAGCAACGAGGGCAAUGAACUGUUCAAACCAAAGAUGGCAUGACAGAUGGACACCUUUUCUUAAUGAUCAAGCAGAAAACUCCGAGCUUGAAGUUUUAUGGAAAGAAAUGGAGCUUUCAAUGGCAACAGUUCAUUUUAUUGGAGAAAUUCAGGGAUCAGGGCUGGAUAUCUAUGACGAGGUUCUCAAGAAGUCAAGCAAAGAUGAUGGGCAUUUAUGCCAGCAUGAAUUUAAAUUGGAUGAAGAAAUUGGGCAUGUGUGCCAAUUAUGCAGCUUUGUGAGCACUGAAAUAAGAGAUGUUUCGCUGCCAUUUUUGCAAACUACAAGUUGGAUUGCAAACAAGGAGCUUCAUGAAGAAGAAGAAUUGAGGUGGGCCACAGCCGGACAUGAGGACCUAGAUAUUUUUGGCAAUCCUGGUUCUUCAAUGGAAAUAGCUUUAUCAAAAAGGAGUGACAAUGUGUGGGCCAUGAUACCAGAAUUCAGAAUGAAGUUACACUUCCACCAAAAGAAAGCUUUUGAAUUUCUAUGGAAAAACAUUGUCGGGUCUCUGACUCCUGCUGAAAUGGAACCGUGUUCCAAAAGAACAGGUGGCUGUGUAAUCUCCCACACCCCAGGAGCUGGAAAAACUCUGGUUGUAAUUGCAUUCCUUGUAAGCUACUUGAAAAUGUUCCCCGGAAAACGACCAUUAAUCCUUGCUCCAAAGACCACUCUCUACACCUGGUACAAAGAAAUGAAGAAAUGGGAUGUAUCAUUUCCAGUUUACCAAAUCCAUGUUCGGGCAAACUUCAGGUACGAGAUCCAUAAUCAUGCAGUGGAAGAGUCUGUGGGUGAUCGCAGAUCUAACCAACGUGAUCAGCAUGUUAUGGAUUGCCUAGAGAAAAUACAAAAAUGGCAUGAACACCCAAGUAUUCUGCUCAUGGGCUACACUUCCUUUCUAGCAUUGACACGAGAUGGAUCAAAGUACGAACACAGGAGGUAUAUUGGUAAAAUCUUGAAACAAAGCCCAGGAAUUCUUGUUCUUGAUGAAGGCCACAACCCAAGGAGUACUAGAUCAAGGUUAAGAAAAGCUCUAAUGAAAGUGAAGACAGAUUUGAGAAUUCUGCUUUCAGGGACACUGUUUCAGAAUAAUUUUACCGAGUAUUUCAAUACUCUCUGCUUGGCUAGACCAGUCUUUGUCUAUGAGGUGUUAAGGAAACUGGACCCAAAUGUGAAAUAUCGGAAAGGGAGGAAAUGCUCUAAAAUUUCAAUGGAGACAUUAGCGAGAAGAUUUUUCAUAGAGAAGAUUGCAAAAAAAAUCAAAUCUAAAGUAGUGGAAGAAAGAAGGCGUGGUCUGAGUAUGUUGAGGAAAAUUACAAAUCGGUUCAUAGAUGUAUAUGAAGGUGGAGUUCAAGACUCACUGCCCGGAUUACAAAGUUACACACUUUUGAUGAAAUCAACAGUCAUCCAACAAGAUCUUCAAACAAGGCUACAAAACCAGAAAGUUGCAUACAAGGGAUAUCCUCUAGAACUGGAAUUGUUGAUUACUCUUGGGUCCAUACAUCCUUGGCUUAUCACAACUGUAGCUUGUGUUGAUAAAUACUUCACCAUGGAGGAACUACAAGAUCUUGAGAAACAUAGGCUUGAUAUAAAGAAAGGUUCAAAGGUCAGAUUUGUUGUGAGCCUUGUGCAGAGGUGCAUCAUGAAGAUGGAGAAGGUUCUGAUCUUUGCCCAUAACAUUGCACCCAUAAGUCUAUUUGUUGAAAUAUUUGAGAUGAUCUUUGGCUGGCAGAUGGGAGAAGAAGUACUGGUCCUUCAUGGUGAUCAAGAGUUAUAUGAACGAGCAAGGGUUAUGGAUAAAUUUGAAGAAUCAGAGGGGCCUUCAAGAGUUCUUCUUGCUUCAAUCACAGCCUGUGCCGAAGGCAUUAGUUUAACUGCUGCAUCACGAGUUGUCUUAUUGGAUUCAGAAUGGAAUCCAUCCAAGACAAAGCAAGCUAUUGCACGGGCAUUCAGGCCUGGUCAGGAGAGGAUAGUCUACGUCUACCAGCUUUUGGCAUCAGGGACGCUGGAAGAAGAGAAGUACGGUAAGACUACAUGGAAGGAGUGGGUCUCAAGUAUGAUUUUUAGUGAGGCUAUUGUGGAUGACUCUUCACACAAGCAGGUUGAGAACAUCGAUGACGAUGUUCUGAGGGAGAUAGUUGAGGAUCAAGACAAAUUAUUCCACAUGAUAAUGAAGCACGAUAAGCUUUCAAAUGGUUUGGAUAAAGGUAAAGCAUCUGCACUUUUUCAAGGAAAGUAAACUUGGUUCUGAUAGUUUUAUC